AUGAAUGACAUCUACAAAGCCGCGGUUGAGCAACUGACUGAUGAGCAGAAAAAUGAGUUUCGUGCUGCGUUUGAUAUCUUCGUGCAGGAUGCUGAGGAUGGCUGCAUUAGCACUAAGGAGCUGGGGAAGGUGAUGAGGAUGUUAGGACAGAAUCCAACGCCAGAGGAACUCCAGGAAAUGAUCGAUGAAGUGGAUGAGGAUGGUAGUGGGACAGUGGACUUUGAUGAAUUUCUGGUGAUGAUGGUGAGGUGCAUGAAGGAUGACAGUAAAGGGAAGUCUGAGGAAGAACUAGCAGAGCUGUUCCGGAUGUUUGAUAAGAAUGCAGACGGUUACAUUGAUCUUGAUGAACUGAAGGCAAUGCUGGAGUCUACUGGAGAGCCUAUUACUGAGGAUGACAUUGAAGAACUCAUGAAAGAUGGAGACAAAAACAAUGAUGGAAAAAUAGAUUAUGAUGAGUUCCUGGAAUUUAUGAAAGGAGUGGAGUAA